UUCGAUUCUGGGAGGGGAGACAUUACUUUUGGUAGUGUCGCUGUCUUUUUAUCUAGUGAAAGCUCGCAAACGUGUAUUUUCUUUCGUUUACGCGAGUUUAAUAUCCCUGGCAUUUCCUCGCCGAUAGGUGGUGUUGGUUAGGGAUUUAUUUCCCUCGCGAUCCGCUUUCCAACUUCGCUCGGACGUUUAUCUUGCGCUCUACCCACUGGCUGCUAUUAUUAGGUCCCCCUUUUGUGCCAUGUCCCCGCCGUCGUAUCGCUGGCCGCGGGCCGCGAAUUCAUAUCCCUCCGUGGCCCAGCGGACUUAAACUCCCUAUCCUGGCAUUUGAGACUGAUGGGAGCCACGAGGUGUAUAUACACAGCCCAGCGAAUGUCCUGGUUAUCAACCUCGUCGUUAAUGUAAUAACACUCAAACCCCUUCUUCCAUCCACCCAUAAAGCCAGCGUCAGGAUGCCCAUCCACCUCCGCCCCGCCACCGCGGCCGACGUGCCGGCCAUCGCCCGCAUCGGCACCGCGGCCUUCGACCCGUCGACCGACGCCCUGACGGCCGCGCUAUGGCCCGAGCGCCUGCGGCGAGGGUCGGGCCCCCACCCCCAGGAGGCAUGGCGCGCGGCGCGCAAGGCAGCCCGCCUAAAGGACGAGGGCUCCAUCAUCAUGGUCGCCGUCGAGCGGCAGCAGGCACCGGACGACGAGGCCGAGACGGUGGUCGGGUUCGCCUGGUGGACACGCCCCGGUGACGCGCCGGCUGAACCUCCCUCCGAUGAGGCCAUGGGCGAGACGUACCCGCCCGAGAUGGACCGCGACGCCAUGGCGGCCAUGGGCGAGACGCUCGAGGCCGGCGUGAAGGCCAUCUUUGGGGAGGGUGUGGCGCGGCACUGGUACGAGCUCGAGGUGCUUGCGGUGGAUCCCAAUCAACAGGGCAAGGGGAUCGGCAGGCAGCUCACCGAGCGGGGGCUCGAACUGGCAGUCCGGGAACAGAAGGACGUCUUUCUUUUGUCGUCGUCUGCGGGGGACGCGCUGUACAGCAAGGUCGGGUUCAAGCCCGUUGGGGACUUUACAAUGUUUGGCGCCACCCUCCAUUUCAUGAUCUACAAGAACAACCCGGACUCUGUGAUCGGCACCUAUACUCAACCCACUAGUUAAGGGUGUGGCAUUUUAAUGCGAGGGGCUCACACUUGCGUCGGGCAAGACAAGGCGGACGACUCUCCAGAAACUUCACUCCAUAACAAGCAGAUGGCACACGAGUAUGUGUUGAAUCCUUAGAAUUUUAUAUAAUCAAUCAUGUACAAUGUGUAGGUUGCACUAGGGGGUAUCUCUGUUCUAGCUUGCCACUACCGGGCAUAUUAUUGUAGUUGAUACAAUCAAUUCAUGAAAGCGCAACAU